AAGGUGUGUAGCAUCUAGUGGUGCCUGAAGGGGAAUCUUCAGGAGCUGCUUGAUUGGUUGUUGCCAACCAGCACCAUGGCUGACUCUCACUUGUCUGGCUCCGUAGGAAGCUACAACAGCAGCUCUCCCACCACCAGUGCUUGGAACAUCACCGGCAGCGGCCCGUGGCUGUUGGCCUUCAUGCUUACUGUCAUCAUCCUCAUGACGAUCUGUGGCAACAUGUUGCUUAUCGCUGUGGUGUUUGCCCAUCGCUCUUUGCGUUGCACCUCAAACUGCUUCCUGGUGUCUCUGUUCCUGUCUGACCUCAUGGUGGCCCUGGUGGUCAUGCCCCCAGCCAUGCUCAAUGUCCUGUGUGGGGCCUGGGUGCUGUGGCCUGCCUUUUGCCCGAUUUGGCUCUGCUUUGACGUCAUGUGCUGCAGCGCGUCCAUUCUCAACCUGUGCGUGAUCAGCCUGGACCGCUACCUUUUCAUCAUCUCACCGCUGCGCUACAAGCAGAGGAUGACUCCACCUCGGGCAUUGCUCCUGGUAGGGGCUGCUUGGGGGUUGGCAGCUUUGGCUUCCUUCCUUCCCAUUAAGAUGAAAUGGCACAGCUUAGGCCAUUGGAGUGGACACUCAUCGGUUCUUGGGAUCAGCAGUAGCAACGUCAGCUCUUACUCUGACACACUGUACCCGGCGUCCUACUUUCAGCUGUCACCAUCGGGAGGCCUUUCCUUCCAGUGCCGCCUGCAGGUCACCCUGCCCUUUGCCCUGGUGGCAUCUGUACUCACGUUCUUUUUGCCCUCCAGCGCCAUUUGCUUCACUUACUGUCGGAUCCUUCUGGUAGCGCGGAGGCAGGCGAAGAGGGUCGCAGCGCUGAGCCACCCACCACACCCCCAUCCCUCUCUAGGGGAACCCUCCAGGCCUCCGUCAUCUAGGGUUGUAGCAGGGCAAGCUCAGCAGGACAGAGAUGACUGUAGUCACCAGGAACCUCCUGUAUCACAAAAUGUACCGCCGUCAGUGAACAGUGAGCGUUGUCUGGCUCACAGGCAGGGUCGGAGGGCACUGAAGGCCAGUCUGACGCUGGGAGUCCUCCUGGGACUCUUCUUCAGCGCUUGGCUGCCCUUUUUCAUCACCAAUAUGGCUCAGGCAGUGUGUGAGUGCGUCCCCAUGGCGCUCUUCGACGCCAUCACCUGGCUGGGCUACUGCAACAGCACCAUGAACCCCAUCAUCUACCCGCUGUUCAUGAGAGACUUCAAGCGGGCUCUGGGGAAGCUCUUGCCCUGCUGUUCCUCGCAGUCUCCGAGAAGACCCUCGCCAGCGCUUUCCCUCUCUCUCCGCAACUCAGGAGACCCCAACAUCGCCAGCAGCACCCCCUCUCCGCUGCCCUCUGACCCCACACAGCCCCCCGCCACUGCCACUGAUGCGGUCAACCUGCUUGAUGCAGAGCAUGCUGGCAUCGAUUUGCCUCUGCUUCUGCCCAAUCAGGUCGACACCCUGGAUUGAAUAGCAAUUAUGGAAAUGCUAGUAUGGUAUGU